AUGGCAGCUGCAAUCCUCAGUCUGGCCACCACGUACGGGGCCCGAGUGGCUCUGGCGGUGGCCCUUAUCUUGAUCGUGCGAUUUUUUCACGAGAUGUUCAAAGUACGCCUGCUUUUCUAUCGCUUGCGAAAGCAAGGCCUGCCAAUGCCCCAGUGGGAUUUCGCAGCAGGAAAUUUGCGGAUGCUGCCCGAUUUAAUGAAGCGACAUCCCAAAGGGUCCCAGCAGUCGGAAGCAUUUACGUUGCUAUCCUACGAGUUCCCAAACAACGAUAAUUGCUUUUAUAUUGAUGUCUGGCCCUUUACCAAACCGUUACUGGUGGUCACUUCGCCGGAUCUAGCAGUGCAGGCCUCUCAAACCUAUGCGUUGCCAAAGCCGCCGGUCCUCGCUGAGUUUUUUAAUCCUUUUACCGGGGGUCCCAGUAUCUUCGUGACCAAUGGCCCCGAAUGGAAGCACGCCCGCGGACUGUUCAAUCCUGCAUUUAGUGCCAGUAAUAUUCUUGAGCAUACUCCCUAUAUUGUCGAAGAAGCCGAAGUGUACGUGGAGAUCCUUCGCGAGCAUGCGCGCAAGGGAGAUAUGUUUACGCUCGAUAAAAUGACCUGUGACUAUGUUAUGGACAUUAUUGGAUACGUUGCCAUGAAAGCACAUCUUCAUUCUCAGCGUAGACACAAUGCGGUAGCAGCAGCGAUGAGAAGUUCGGUCGAGUGGCAUUGCCAGGACGAGCAGAUGAAUCCCUUUAUUCGAUGGAAUCCCAUGCGACCACUUAUGCAGUGGUACAAUGGACGGACGAUGAACCGUUACAUUGGGAUUGAACUGGACAAGCGAUACGAAGUAUGGAGACAACAAUCUUCCACACGGGCCAAUUCUAUCAUUGAUAUCGUGCUUGCUGAAUUUAUGAGUACUCGCACAGCCGGCGAUAAACUAGACCCUGAGUUUAAGAAGUGGGCGACGAUUCAAAUCCGGACCUUUUUAUUUGCUGGCCACGACUCUACGGCUGCUACGAUUGUGUAUAGCAUCUAUCUUUUGUCAAAACAUCCAGAAAUACUGGCAAAGGUUCGCAGCGAGCAUGACGAGGUAUUCGGGUCGGAUAUAACAACUGCGGCAGAUAAACUGAAGCAGCACCCAGAGUUGAUCAACCGGCUCCCAUAUACACUCGCGGUGAUCAAGGAAACGCUGCGUCUCUUUCCCGCUGCCUCUGCGCUACGAGAGGGUCAGCCGGGGGUCUAUCUACAGGAUAAAAAUGGUACCAAGUACCCGACAGAUGGCCUAUGUAUCUGGAUUCUCCAUACCGGUCUUCAACGGAAUCCAAAUUACUGGCCGGAUCCACACGCUUUCAAGCCAGAGCGCUGGCUAGUUGGACCAGAGGACCCAUUGUAUCCUCCGAAAGGAGCCUGGCGUCCCUUUGAACAUGGUCCGCGAGACUGCAUCGGUCAACCGCUGGCUCUACUGGACAUCAAGAUCACUCUAGUCCUCACGCUCCGAGAGUUCGACUUCCAAGACCAGUACGCCGAAUGGGACCGUCUGCAUCUCCGGCCGGGGCCCAAGACCGUCUUUGGCGAACGCGCCUACCAAAUUCCACUGGGAGGCUCCCACCCCGCCGACGGUCUUCCGUGCCGGGUCAGCUUUCGAAAGCAGACCAGCCAGUGA